GCGAAUGCGCAUGCGCGGUAGCGUUGUGGCGGGGUGUCAUGGCGGCCGGCGGUGUCAACACAAACCUAACUGAAUAACAGGGCUUAAAAGAGGAGUUAGGAUCAGCGAUGUACUCCGGAAAGAAAAUAACCAGAGAAGACACAUGGAGAUCUGAAGAUUUAAUAAAGCACAUACGGAGCCAAGAGGAGGAGAGCAGGAGGAGAGAGCGAUCACACCGUGACCCAGAGAGAGAGAGGAGGAAGCACAGAGAGGAAAGCGGCAGGAGGGGAGAAGAGAGGGAUGAACGAGAGAAAGAGAGCAGGAGAGAGCGAGAGAGAGAUGGGGGUGAGACCGAGUACCGAGACAGAGAGAAAGAGAGGCAGAGAGAGAAGUAUAAGGAUAGAGACAGAGAAAAAGUGAAAGAAAGAGACAGAGAUGGAUUGAGAGAGAGGGAGAGGGUGAAAGAGAGAGACAGGGAAAAAGAUUUAGAGAAGGAAAAGAGGAAUAGGGAGAAAGAUAGAGACAGAAAUAAAGAGAGGGAUAGGGAAAAGGAUAGAGAGAAAGAAAAGAGGGACAGAGAAAAGGACAGAGAGAGAGAAAAGAGGGACAGAGAAAAGGACAGAGAGAGAGAAAAGAGGGACAGAGAAAAGGACAGAGAUAGACUGAGAGAGAAAGAGAGAGAUAGAGCAAGGGAGGCAGUGAGAGAUAAAGGGGAAGAGAGGGAUAGGGAGAAAGACAGAGAGAGGGAGAGGAGGAGGGCAGAGCGAGAAAAUGAAAGAAGAAAAGAGAAGGCAGUUAGUCUACAUGGGGAAGGCAGGUUCCGGGAGAGAGAGAAAGACAGGAAAGAGAGGCAGAGAGAGAGGGAGCAUCGGCGAGACGGUGAAAGCCACAGAGGUGAAGAACAGGAAAAAGAACGGAGAGAGCAAGAAAGACGAGAGAAACACAGCCACAGACAGCACACGGGACAAACAGACCGAGAGGAAAGAAGAGAGCGGAGAAGAGAGAAAGAGCAGCAUGAGGACGGAGCGACAGAGCGGAGACACAGACACAGCCAGGAUGGAGAUGGAGUGAAGGAGAGAGAGGAGAGAGAUAAACAGAGAGAACAGAGACACAGAGAGAACGAGAGCAAACACAGGAAAACUGAGCAUGAGGUUGAAAACGAGGUGAUGGAGGACAAGCGCGAAGGAGCAGAGGAUUAUGGGAAUGAAGAUUAUGAGGAUGAUUUUGAGGACUAUGAGGAAGACUUUGAGGAGUUUGAUGAGGACAAAGAAGAAGAAGAAGAAGAAGAGGUGCGUGAAACUGAAAGGAGGGAAGCAGAGAGAGAGCUGAGUCCACGCAGCAGACGGGAGCUCGAGGCCAUCCAGAGAGCCAUGGAGAAGGAGAACGAGCUGGUCAGCAGUGUGAACUCCACACCCUCAACCCGGGAGUCUGAGAUCUCCCACAGAGCGAGUGCUGACUCAGCGAGCCGCUCAAGGAAAAGUCGAACGUACGGCAGAGUGAUCGACUUCACCGCAGCGAGGCAGAGAGAGAUAAACCAGCAAGCAGCCGAUAAACAGAAGAAACGCAGCGCCGAGCUCCUGCGCCUGAUCGAUCUGGACUUUUCCGUCACCGAGUGUCUCCUGGAUUUGCCUCCAGUCCGCGAGUACGACUUGUACAUCAAGAGCUACGGGAUGGCCAACACCAAGCAGGCCUACGUGCAGUGCAACAAGGACAACAUCGAGAGAGACACUCAGACAGACGAGACGGACGUCACGGACACGUGGACACAACAUCCGCCGGAGACCAGCGUCGCGUGUGGAGGCCCACAGGUUUCCCAGAAUGCAUCAGACGAGUCCGUGACCAGGACGAGCGUGGACUCGAAGCGGCUCGCCGCGUUUCUCCGUUCUGCCACACAGGUGAUGGCAGUGUUACUGGAGGAGAACAUCUCUGAGAACAACUCGGUGAAAAAGCUGCAGUCAGAAACACACACACGCACAAACUCCUUCAGUGACGGCUGUGUUCAGCUCAACACCCAACUGAACCUUCUGCAAGGUCGACAGGUGACGUUGUUGCGCUUCUCCCAGACGCAGACCCACACCUUGCUCUCCGUUCACUCCCCGCGCUCCGGCUCGAGCGAUGUCACACUCGACAGUAAGACGCUGAUCUGCGUGUGGAACAUCUGGGAGCCGUCCACGCCUCAGAGAAUCCUCGUCUGUGAAGCUGAGGUGCGGAGCUGCUGUUUCAGUCCCGGGAAAGCCACGCUGGUGUUCGCUGGGACGGACGUGGGUUCCGUGUUGGUGUGGGAUCUGAGAGAACAUUCCGGCUCUCACUCGCACAUCAGGGUGUGUGAGGAGGAGUGGACGCUGCGUCACCCGACGUUCUCCACCGAUGCUGUGAUGUCAGGGGCGGGGCAUUUCUCUUCUGUAGUAUCCGUCGAGCCUGUGCUGGUCAGCGUGGGGGCGGGGCUUAGAGAUCCACUGCUGCCCGACCAAGAAGAGUCGCUGGGUCUGUCCUUCCAGCUGGGGUCACUGGAUGAAACCGGACUCCUGAAUCUGUGGGUUGUAGUCGAGUUGCCCAAAGCUGAUGAUUCUGGAUCCCAGACAGACCUGGGUCUGCGUCCAGGUGGGAAGGUGAAGCUCCUUCACAGUUCCUCUCUACAGACCACCCCUCGACUGGACAUGGGUGUCAUGGGAGUCACAUCUCACCUGAGCUUCGUCCUGAAAUUCCUCCCCUCAGAUUCUAACCACUACUUCAUCGGCAGUAACAUGGCUUUGGUGAGACACGGCACCAGACACGGAGUCCGAGCUUUCCCGAAGCUCUACAGGCCUAAAGAGGGAGAGAGACCAGCCGAAGUCACGGCUCUAGAGUUCUGCCCCACCGGAGAGCCUUUCUUUCUGGUGGGCUGCAGUGACGGUUGGGUGCGUCUCCACGCGUUGGCGUGUGAGGAGGCGGUGUGUGAGUGGGCCGUGGGUUCGGGCCGCGGUGCUGUUCAGUGUGUGCAGUUUUCCCCGACGCGGUGCUGCGUGUUCUGCGCUCUGGACUCCGCAUCCGUCCUGCACAUCUGGGAUCUGACACAGAGAGACGAGUCUCCGCUCAUCACCCACGACCUCCACGCUGACCCCGUAUCAGCCACGGCCGUGUUCGGCGACGCCGCCAAGCAGAACCCGUACUCCGGCAUCGCUCUCGCUAAACACUCAGGCAGGCUGGAGAUCCACUUCCUGCUUCCCUCGCUCACACUUCCUCAAGCCUCGGACACGGAGAAACUCCGCUCGCUGGCGCACGACACACUCUGAACUCUGAACACACACACACACACACACACACACACGUUAAUCAGAAACACAACAGUAUAAACUAUAACAUGGAUUGUGUUCAUUUAUUUGUUGCUCUUUAUAACAGAUUCUCUGUUUUUGUUAGAUUUAUUUGAUUAUUUAAAUUAUUAUUUAGAUAGUAUUUCUCUUUUUUUCUAAUAACUGACCGGUUAGACCAAACACUUUUAUACCUCCGGAGUAAAAGACACUCUCUGUGCACAUUUUCAUGGUUUUCGCUGCAUUUAUACUGGCAGGUAUUUUUGUUAAAGGUCCAAUAGCAUUUCUUCAUGUAAAGGCUGUUUCUAUUUUUGUAUUAAAUAUAUUAUUAUUAUUAUUA